GCGGAGGCGGCGCGGGGUGGAGAGGAGCCGGUGUCCGCGCGGCCCUUUAUAACGCGCCCCGCGCGGACCCCGGCAGCUCGGGUACAGCCGGUACCCAUCACUCGCUCCCUCCGCUCGCUCCUGUAGCGUAGCCUCCACGCCGCCGCAGAAGUCCCGCGACCUCACCACCAGCCCUUGGACAUGGCGGUCCCCGUGCGCCCGCGCCUCCUAGCGGCCCUCGCGCCCACGUUUCUCGCCUGCCUCCUCCUCCAGGUGGACGCGGGUGCAGGCAUCCCAGAGAAAGCGUUUAAUUUAACUUGGAUAUCAACUGAUUUCAAGACAAUUUUGGAAUGGCAACCCAAACCCACCAACUAUACCUACACUGUUCAGAUAAGCGAUAGGUCUAGAAACUGGAAGAACAAAUGCAUCGCAACCACAGACACUGAGUGCGACCUCACGGACGAGAUCGUGAAGGAUGUGAACUGGACCUAUGAAGCAAAGGUCCUAUCUGUCCCAUGGAGGAACUCAACUGAUGGAAAGGACCUGCUUGUGUUUCACGGGGUGGAACCGCCAUUUACAAAUGCUCCAAAGUUUUUACCUUACCGAGAUACAAAACUCGGACAGCCAGUAAUUGAGCAGUUUGAACAAGGUGGUACAAAACUGAAUGUGUCUGUAAAAGACUCACUUACCUUAGUAAGAAAGGGCGGUGCGUUCCUCACCCUGCGGCAAGUCUUCGGCAAGGACUUGGGUUAUAUACUUACGUAUCGGAAAGGCCCAAGCACCGGAAGGAAAACAAACACUACAAACACGAAUACGUUCAUGAUUGAUGUGGAAGAAGGGGUAAGCUACUGCUUUUUUGUACAAGCUGUGAUUUUCUCCAGGAAAAACAACCAAAAGAGCCCAGAAAGCAUCACAGUGUGCACCGAGCAAUGGAAGAGUAUCCUGGGAGAAACACUCAUCAUCGUGGGAGCGGUGGUGUUCCUGGUCACCGUCUUUAUCAUCAUCCUAUCCAUAUCUCUGUGCAAGCGCAGAAGGCGCGGAGCGGGACAGAAAAGGAAGGACACCCCGUCGCCCUUGGCCUAGAGGAGAGGCUGAGGCUGCCAAGUCUCACAUUAGCUGCACAGCAAUUACGAGACCUCUGAUGGGAACUGAGGACUUGCAGCAUGGGACCUGAGGAUCCUAG